AUGACGCACUCAAUGUUACGUCGACAGCUGAAGAACCUCGUUCAGAACUUCUCUGAGGCCGAGGUGAAGGUGAGAGAGGCCACUUCCAAUGACCCCUGGGGGCCUUCCAGCUCCCAGAUGGCAGACAUUUCGGAUCUGACCUAUAACGUGGUGGCGUGUAACGAAAUCAUGGCCAUGCUGUGGAAACGUCUGAACGACGAUAAGAACUGGAGACACGUUUAUAAGUCUCUGACUCUGUUGGAGUACCUGUUGAAAACGGGUUCGGAUCGCAUUCCUCAGCAGUGCCAGGAGAACAUUCACGUCGUCAAGGCACUGACAGAGUACCGCUUCACAGACAAGGACGGGAAAGACCAGGGGGUGAACGUGAGGGAGAAGGCCAAGAUAGUCCUGGUUCUGAUUCAGGAUGAGGACAAGAGGAAGGAGGAGAGGGACUUUGCCAUGAAGACCAAAGACAAACUGACAAAGGCCUCCGCUGACCCGGCCUCUGAGAAGGAUAAACCGGUCAUUCCUCCGUAUACGGGUCUGCCCUCCCUCGACAACAUCCCCUCCGUGGCCGACCUCACAGCCGCCAUGGCUGCCAAAAAAGAGGAGCAGAGGAGACUAGAGGCCAAGAGGAAAGAGGAGGAGCGUAAGGCGAAAGAGGGCGACACCGAGCCGGAUUUGUGGGAACAGGCAGCGACCGCUGCUCCGCCUUCAGACUCCGAUCCCUGGGGUGCGCCGUCCACCGAGCCCAAAGAGUCCGGCCCGGCCACCAACGACCCGUGGGGCGGAUCCAAGGAUCCCGCCCCUGCCUCUAACGAUCCCUGGGGUGGGUCGGCAGACGCCCCAAAGGAAUCUUCUCCCGCCGCAAACGACCCUUGGGGGGGUCCGUCCGACGCCCCGUCCGGUUCUACCCCCGUUACGAACGACCCCUGGGGGGCUGGAGACGAGGCGUCGCCGGGGUCCGCGCCGGCGAAGUCCGAUCCCUGGGGUGCAAACGCGGCGGAUGAUUCAGCCCCGGCAAACGACCCCUGGGGGGCGCCUUCAGAGGCGCCGGCAGCCAAGUCUGAUCCGUGGGGCGGGGACGGCAGCGCCACGGCGAUGUCGCCAAGCGACCCGUUUGGGGACAGCGCGAAAGCGGACGAUGACCCGUGGGGUUCGGGAGCUGUGUCUCCACCCAGUUCCACUGACCCCUGGGGGGCCCCGGCAGCCCUGACGGAUGGCGCAACAACCGACGACCCCUUCGGCGAUGGAAACAAGUCCAGCUCUGACCCCUGGGGCGCUCCUGCUGAGAACACUACUAAUGGGGACACUACGUCGACCGAACCAAUCAACGAGACUGGUUCCAAAAAGCCGCCGUCCUUCCUGGGGGAGGCGGCGUCACUGGUGGACCUGGACUCGCUAAUGUCGUCGAAACCCAAAGCCAAACAGCCCCCCCUCAACGCCAUGCCCACCAGCUCCCAAAAAGCAGCCAUGCCCCCUCAGGGCACUGCCCGCCCCCCAGGCUGUACCAUGUCCAGUCCAGGGGUCUCCAUGACCUUCCCCUCCACAUCAAACAGUUUUGGUUUCACCCCCAUGGCUCCCAGUACACUGUACCUGUCCCUGCGAACCCCUAACCCCUCACUGGCUGCACCCUUCUCCCAGCUGACACCCCCUCCUCAAACACCGUCCCUCUCUGGUCUUCCCAUGCCAGCCAUGGGAUUUCCUUUGGUCCCCCGCAGUACUGGAGCUGGGAUGGUACAACCCGGUGCUAUGGGGAAUCCUAUUGGUGGAGUGUUCGGCGCUUCACCUAUAGCAGCAGGAUCAGGGGUUCCUCUGCAACCUCAAUCCCAUCCACCCGAACCUCCGACCCCACCUACCCUGACCCCAUCCACCCAAACCUCUGACCCCAUCCACCUGAACCCCAUCAUGCCGCCUGCACCCUCCGCCCAUGUAUCCUGCUCGUCUGCAGAAAACAAGAAAUCAAGGGGCGGAUGUACCUCGUUCUCAGAGAUUAACCCAGAUGAUUAA